UCACGAAUCCUCCUUUUGCGUGUGGUUUCUGCACUCCGGUGAAUGGUGAUGGUAUCACAGUUAUAACAAACAGCAAAAUGAAACCCUCAAACAAAGAGAAACAAUGAGCAUAUAAUACUUUAUUCAAAGAUAGAUAUCAUCUUCAAAUACCACGUCGUUUGAGGUUGGAGAUUUUAAGCAUAAGAAGAUGUCUCUUAGAAUAAAGGCAGUGGUAGAUAAGUUUGUUGAAGAGUUGAAGGAAGCAUUAGAUGCUGAUAUUCAGGAUAGGAUCAUGAAGGACAGAGAGAUGCAAAGUUAUAUUGAAGAACGUGAGCGUGAGGUUGCUGAGCGUGAAGCUGCUUGGAAGGCUGAUCUUUCUCGUCGUGAGGCAGAGAUUGCUCGUCAAGAAGCAAGGCUCAAGAUGGAGAGAGACAAUCUUGAGAAAGAGAAAAGCGUCUUGAUGGGAACUGCAUCAAAUCAAGAUAACCAAGAUGGAGCUCUUGAAAUUACAGUAAGUGGUGAAAAAUACCGUUGCCUCAGAUUUGCCAAGGCAAAAAAAUGAGGCUUUGCCUGGGGUGACAUGAAGGAAAAGUAGGUUCUACACUCCCUAACCCCAAAUGAGGAGCACUUGCAUGCAAUGCCAAGCUCAAUUCAUGUACAUUUGUUGAAAUUCAACUGUUUAGUUGUGGUUUAUUAUUCCUCUCAGAUUUGAGAAAAGUGUUAGUAAUUGCUCAAUUGAAUUGUUUACAUGAAAAUUUUCUCUGUCAUGAUAUUG